UUACCACAUAAUAUAGCAGGAACACAGUGGGAUGCUAACGGCAAUUCAAAUGUUGCAGCAUUCGAUUAUCAACUUCCCUUAACUACAAACUUGUUAAAUGGAAAAAUAACCAUGAAUAACGUCCCUCAACAGUGAUAACACACCCCACAACACAAAGGGUGAAUUUAAAAAAGGGCCGGAUGAAGAGAGGAGUAGACACAUGUAAACACUGCAGGCUUCAGAUGAGAGUGUACCAUGUGGCCUUCAUGACCUAUGGCUGACAUCUACCGCCAAAUUGUGGACCAUUGCCUUGCAAUACCAAUUCCCACCCACAGAGGCACUGUUGGAACCUCAAGGUUUGUACGGUGAAUGUGUUAGGUCAGAAAUGGCCCGGAGAAGGUCACAUCGAUGAAUAAUACCGACGCUGAAGUAAUCAAAACUGAUGAUGAUUUCAAUUUAUUUAAAUGAAAUUCCCCCAUAUUAUGUGACCAUGAGAUUGGUUUAAUAAACACUCGCACACUCAAACACACACACACACACACACGCACACACACACUCCAGGUUGAACGAGGGAUGGCUCGGUGAGGAGGAGGAGGAGGGGCAGUCAUCAUCCUCCAGGUGAUCUCUACGUGGCUGAUUCAGUAUGAAUUAACGACACGUGACGCCUUCACACGAUGCUUCCCGCCCGUGUCCGCUGCCGGAUGCUGACCCGCCGGGUGCCGCGCGCGCCUCGGUCCACGUCGGGAGCGCUGCGCGGUGAUGCUGCGUCUGUGUCGAGUCAACUCGCAAGACAUCACCUGAGUGAUCCGCGCUCCCUCGCCUCGCCACGGACUGAGCGGCUGUCAUGACCCGUGCCCUCAGCACCGCGAAGCUACGAAAGCAACAACAACAAAAGGGGGGGGGGGGGAAACAAAUGCCCUCGGUGUGUGUGUGUGUGUGUGUGUGUGUCAUCCUUUCGAGCUCUCAGUGAUCACGCCCGGUAAUUAGGGCCGAGAGGCGAAUCUCUUCAUUGACCGAUGUGAAGACCGUCGGUGAAUCGACAUACAAGACAAAGAUGCUUCCGUGCUGUGAACUGGACAGAGUUUUUGUAGACAUCGCCACGGGGAACGGUUCGGACUGAAACACGGGGAGACAGAACAACGCUACAGAAAGAGAGACAGAGUGAGAGGCUGGAGGAGAAAUCAUGGUCAUCACUGAUAGAAGCACCGGCACCCCUGUACCUAAAAAGGAGUCUCAGAAGAAGAAGAGGAGGUCGUCUCGCCCUCAUGGCCUGCCCUCUCCCGCACUCUGCUGUGCCUGUGGCCUGUGCAUCAUGCUGGCUGGACUCAACAUCACUCUGGUGGGAGCAUUCGCCUUCAGCACACUGGUGCCUUCUGCCAACCCCCCGAUCAUCAUUGGACCUAUCCUACUGCUGGUGGCCUUUUUGUUUUUCGGGGCCUGCUGCGUGUGCAGCCGCCUCCCCCCUCCCCACAGCUCACGGAGGUCAAAGGUGGGCGGCAGAGGCACGGGAUUGAUGGGACACGGCGGGCUGACUGGCGGGGCAGCGUUUGAAAUUGAGACCAGCGAGCACACGCUGCAGGAUACUACAGCUGUGCAGCUCAGCCCCACAUCCUCUCCUGGAUCAUCCCGGGCGUCCAGCCCAGGGAAGGAGGCUCCUGACGCUGGCCCAACAAGCUCCUGCAAGCUCUUCACCAUGGAGACCAACGGCCCUUCUUCUAACUCCGCCACGGCAGUCUACUCGGCCUCCACAGCGGCAGGAGGGGAGGUGAGGCUCAGCCUGCCACGUGAAGAAGUGGUCAACUAGCAGAGCAGAAACUCUUCCAAGGCCAGAGUGCUGGCAGUGUAAAUAUCCUUCUUGGUCGAGGGCUUGCUGGGUGUGAGUGCUUGUGUCCUCUGGUUCUACGUAGUGCCAUGUUUCUUUUUGUGACAAGUUCUCAACUGUAUGCUUUGGAUUUCUCUUGCUGUGCAGCUCACUUGGUGAUAAGCAUGCAAAAUUAAUGAAACAGUAUUUGUGUAUCAUAGGUUUUGGAAUUCGUGUUCCUACCUCUCCUGUGCUGUUUUCCUCCAAGUCGUGGGGCAUUAUGAACUGUUUUCUUGCAGAAAUCAAACCGAGUGUCUGAAGCCAUAAACAUGUAUCUUUCACUGUUUCUCUUGGUAGUGGAAAGCUCAACUGUCAGCGGUGGUUUGAGAAAACAAAACAAAAUGUGAUCGUUGAUUUGUUCUGAAAAGAUUAUAUGUGAAAGGUCAGUUGUGAAAACCAGAGUUGAAUUGUACAGAGUUGUAGGUAUGUGAUGACAUUUGACAUUCUUAUAUGCCACUCUCAGUGCUGAACUUGUUUUGGGGACAUGAAAUAUUAUAGGUCACAAAGCAAUAUUGUCUCACCUGAGAUCAAAUUCGAGGCAUUUACAGUUGUUUUCACCAGUACGUGAUUACACACCCCAACCAACACAUUUGUAAGGACCAAUGGUCCAUAUAGGAAAGUGUGUUACUGUAUAUUUACAUGUGUACAGUGUUGGCCGGUGGAAGCAUUAGUUUGACUCAUCACACACACACAACACUGUGAGCAUUUUGUUUCUCACCACAAUCUUGACAGAUCCUGAUUUCACAUCUGUAUUUUUAUUAAAGAUACCUGCAACUAGAAUAGACCACGCCAAUUUCCAAUAGAAUUACCUCAUUGUAAGGCAUUAAAAUGUGUCGUUUUGAUGAGUUUGUUAUCAAAAAACGGAAUUUACAGUGUGAUUGGACACAGAAAGAGCGUACUGUGACAUCGUUACCCAAAUGAAAUGUGUGAAUUCAAAUUUUUUGUGUGACAUGACAAACGUGAACCUCCACUGGACCUAGUGUACACAAUAUGGUGAAGCCAAGACUAAGUUUAGAUAUUUAAGUAUUUGCUCCCCAUCACUGUGAUGUCUUCUUGUCGGUUAUAAACCUGACUGGUCAAAAAAAACAAAAAAAGACAUUCAAACCCAGAUUUCCUUUUAAAGGAAAGUUGCCUUAGACUGAGAUAUCAGGAUCAAACUUAUGAGGGCUAUAUAAAAAAAUGCACAAUAGCAGCUUUCUUCAGAAAGCCUUUGUUUGGCUCUUGAUUUCUAUUCCAUGCUGUAGGGAAAGCCUCAACGGGUUUCUGUUUGUGGAUCUGACAAAUGCAUGUAAAUGGCUUCUAAAUUGUUGAACCUAGCAAUGUACAUGAAGUAGCAGGGGCUACUCCUGCAUACAAACGUACAGCCACUGAGCAGAGCAUUCCCCUUAUACAGUAUUAUCCUUCAUUUUCUGUGACAAGGCUCCUUAAAGGGAACGUUUCUCUGUCAAAGCUGUUUCUCGAGCCAAAUGAGUGUGCUGAGCUUCAUUUUGCAUGUUCGGAGAACUGAAUUGUGGAAGAUGCAAACACCCUGUUGUUAACUGUAGCUGUUAUCUGUGUAUUUCAAUUUGUGUAGCACUUACUGUAUACAAAAAUCUGAAAAGUGUAGACGGAUAUAGUAUUUUUGUGAAGACUAUAAAUUUGUUUAUUUUGAAAGUAAGCAAUCAAAUUGUGAAGCCAUUCAAAAAAAUGAAUAAAGAGGCUCUUUCAGUACAACAUGAUUUUUUUCCUUAUGAAUAGUUUGUGUGACAAGGUCCCAUGUACCUGCUAGAUUGCAUUUUGUGACAUUAUGAAGUGAAAUGAAUAAAAAAAUGUCCAACUGGA